AUGGCCCAGGCGGACGAGGAGGCGCUGCCCGGGCCCGCGCCCGCCGUGCAGAUCCGCGUCGCCAUCCAGGAGGCCGAGGACGCGGGCGAGCCCGAGGACGGCGGGGACGGCGCGGGGGCGCGGGGCGCGGGGGACCCGGCGCGCUACCUGAGCCCCGGCUGGGGCAGCGCCAGCGAGGAGGAGCCGAGCCGCGGGCCCAGCAGUGCCCCAACGAGCGGGGGCGAGAAUGAGCGAGAUGAGCUGGAGCAGGAGUGGAAGCCCCCGGACCCAGAGCUGAUCAGGAAGCUGGUAGAGCAGAUUGAGUUCUACUUCUCAGACGAAAACCUGGAGAAAGAUGCCUUCCUUCUCAAGCACGUGCGGAGGAACAAGCUGGGCUACGUGAGCGUUAAGCUCCUCACAUCGUUCAAGAAGGUGAAGCACCUCACACGGGACUGGAGAACCACCGCGCACGCCCUGAAGUACUCCGUGAUCCUGGAGCUGAAUGAGGAUCAGCGGAAGGUGAGGAGGACCACCCCCGUCCCACUCUUCCCCAACGAGAACCUCCCCAGCAAGAUGCUCCUGCUCUAUGACCUCUACCUGUCCCCCAAGCUCUGGGCCCUGGCUGCGCCCCAGAAGAAUGGCAGGGUGCAGGAGAAGGUGAUGGAGCACCUCCUCCAGCUCUUCGGGACCUUCGGGGUGAUCUCGUCUGUGCGGAUCCUCAGGCCCGGGAGGGAGCUGCCCCCUGACAUCCGGCGCAUCAGCAGCCGCUACAGCCAGGUGGGGACCCAGGACUGUGCCAUCGUGGAGUUCGAGGAGGUGGAGGCGGCCAUCAGGGCCCACGAGUUCAUGGUCACCGAGUCACAAGGCAAGGAGACCAUGAAAGCUGUCCUGAUCGGGAUGAAGCCACCCAAGAAGAAGCCUGCCAAGGACCGGAACCAGGACGAGGAGCCCGCUGCGAGCGUCCACCUCAACAAGUCCCCAAACAAGAGGAUCGAGGAGCUGCAGUACCUGGGCGACGAGUCCUCAGCCAACAGCUCCUCCGACCCCGAGAGCGACCCCACGUCUCCCAUGGCCGGCCGGCGGCACCCACUCAGCAACAAGCUGGUCCCCGCCGGCCACCAGAAUCUCUUCUUAAGUCCCAGUGCCUCCCCCUGCUCCAGCCCCUGGAGCAGCCCCUUGGCCCAGCGCAGAGGGGUCCCCAGGAAGUCCCCCCUGGCUGAGGAGACCAGGCCGAACUGCAGUGCCAGCCCCGAGGCCCUGCGCACAUGCACGGAUUACUCCUCCGACAGCAGCGUCACGCCCUCGGGCAGCCCCUGGGUGCGAAGGCGCCGCCAGGCCGAGCUGGGGACACAGGAGAGGAGCCCGGGAGCCAGCCCCCUGCUCUCCCGGAGGAUGCAGACUGUGGAAGGGGUGCCUGUGGGUGUGCUGCGGUGGCCCCGGGGCCCGGACGACACCCGGGGCUUCCACGGGGGGCAUGAGAGGAGCCGGGCCUGCGUGUAGACACCGUCUGGUUUUCAUGAGCAGCCCCCUUGGUGUUCAAGGGCGCGCACAACACCUGGCAUGACCUAGCUGAC